CGCAUCACAAAUUUCUGACUGGAGCGAUACUCCCAAAAACGAAAGAGAGAAUGCGUCUUGACUGACCACACCAUUCUUUUUGGGACAGAAGUGUGAAUUGCUCAUCCGAUGAUGAACAAUCUCCACUAAUACUUUCAAACGCACAUCAUGGCCGCUCAACGGACAUGCUUCCUACGCUCGUUCCCCCUUCAGCGCAUCCAGCGGUCGGGCGGGCUUCAUCAGACAUCCAUAGCAUCAGUUCACGUCCUCAAGAAUUCUCAAAGACUCAAUAGCACCGACGCUGAGACACGGCGACCCGUCAGCCAAGCAACCGCGCCCGACCAGCAACCUAUCGAAACCUCGCAUCUCAAUCCCACACCUGACGAUUACUCUCGGUUUAUAUUCCAAGACAAGUGCCGCUCGACGAUAUGGUCUGGCUCAGGUGGUGACGGAUGCGUCUCGUUUCUGCGCGAAAAGUAUAUCGAGGAGGGCCCACCGAACGGUGGCGACGGCGGCAGCGGUGGGAGCAUCUACAUUCAGGCCGUUGAAGGCUUAACCAGCUUACACAAACUCGCCCGGCGAGGCGUCAUCAAGGCGGGACGAGGCAGAAAUGGACAGGGGAAAAGCAGGGGCGGCAAACGCGGCGAGGACGUGCUUCUUCAGGUCCCUGUUGGCACCGUUGUGCGAGAGGUCGAUCGGUACGACCCGGUUGCGGAGGAGGAACUACGUCACCGGCACGAGCGAAUGAAAGGCUCUGAAGCCGAGGAAGAGGAGGAUUUCGGCAUAGCAUCUAUUCGCCGCGAUCGCUGGGUUCUGUACCCGGGAGCCAAUCCGUCCGAUUACUUGACUACGGUGUUUCCGAAGAGCGCGCCGCGGCGGCAGCACAUCGCCUCCCUGGAGCCUAAACAGCCCAUCAAUCUCGACCUUUCACAGCAUAUGGAUAAGCCGAUUCUGCUUUCGGCAGGUGGUGUAGGAGGAUUAGGCAACCCGCACUUUGCGCACCGCUCAAUGAGCCGACCAAAGUUCGCGUCCAGGGGUGAAGGCGGCAAGCGUCUGGAGCUCGAGUUCGAACUCAAGCUCCUGGCGGAUGUUGGUCUUGUUGGGAAGCCCAAUGCUGGCAAGAGCACUUUGCUGCGUUCCUUGACCAACAGUCGCACUCGGGUUGGCAAUUGGGAAUUCACGACCCUUGAGCCAAACAUCGGGACGGUUGUCAUCGACAACCACAAGGGGAGGCCCUUGGUUGAAUUGGAGGGCAGGACACCGCGGACGAACUUUACCAUUGCUGAUAUUCCGGGUCUGGUUGAGGGCGCUCAUCUUGAUCGUGGCCUGGGCUUGGGUUUCUUACGGCACAUCGAGCGAGCCGGCAUCCUUGCUUUUGUUGUCGACCUCAGCGCCGGCGAUCCUAUUCAAGGUCUUAAGAAUCUUUGGAUUGAGCUCGGUGAAUACCAACGACUUCGUGAAGCGGAACAUGAUUUGAAAAUCCAGAAUCUUGCAUGGCCUCCGCCGGUAGAUGAGCUACCGGAUUUCUUCACAGAGGAAGAAGCGCCAGAACCUACCUGGGUGGCCCCUGAUUCAAGCCCCGCCAAUUCAAAGCAAGGGUUCGAGCCCCUUCCGGAGCUCAAAAUGCCACCGAUCCAUACCAAGCCUUGGUUUGUUGUGGCUACAAAAGCGGACCUUCCAGAAACGCAGGAGCGAUUCCAGGCGCUUCGAGAAUACCUUGUUGCCGUCGAAGAGGGAGAAGCUGAUCACCCGGGUGGACUGCAAGAAGGAUGGAAAGAGAGAGUCUGCGCUGUCCCUGUUAGCGCUAUCAAGGGCGAAGGUGUUAGUCGCAUUCCCCGGCUAGUAAUGGAGCUUCUGGGUUAAAUAUAAAUUGACAG